AUUCUGCGCAGGCGCAGUAGGUCCCGGUCGCGAUGCGGGUGCUCGUGGGUGGAGGAACGGGCUUCAUCGGGACAGCCCUCACCCGGCUGCUGAGGGCCAGGGGCCACGAAGUGACCUCGGUCUCCCGGAGCCCGGGCCCCGGGCGGGUCACGUGGGACGCGCUCGCCACGUCCGGGCUGCCCGCCUGCGAUGCCGCGGUCAACCUGGCAGGAGAGAACAUUCUCAACCCUCUGCGAAGGUGGAAUGAAAACUUCCAGAAAGAGGUUCUUAGCAGCCGCCUGGAGACCACCCAAAUGCUGGCAAGAGCCAUCUCGGAAGCCCCACGACCUCCCCAGGCCUGGGUCUUAGUCACAGGUGUAGCUUACUACCAGCCCAGCCUGACUGCGGAGUAUGAUGAGGACAGCCCUGGAGGGGAUUUUGACUUUUUCUCCAACCUCAUAACCAAAUGGGAAGCUGCAGCCAGGCUUCCUGGAGACUCUACACGCCAGGUGGUGGUGCGCUCUGGGGUUGUGUUGGGCCGUGGGGGCGGUGCCAUUGGUCACAUGCUAUUGCCCUUCCGCCUGGGCCUGGGAGGCCCUAUCGGCUCAGGCUGCCAGUUCUUCCCCUGGAUUCACAUCAGGGACCUAGCAGGAAUCUUGAUCCACGCCAUUGAAGCAAACCAUGUGCAGGGAGUUCUGAAUGGAGUGGCUCCAGCCUCCACCACUACAAAUGCUGAGUUCGCCCAGGCCUUGGGCACUGCCCUGGGCCGCCCAGCCUUCAUCCCUCUCCCCAGCACUGUGGUGCAAGCUAUUUUUGGUAGAGAGCGCGCCAUCAUGCUGCUGGAAGGCCAGAAGGUCAUCCCACGGCGGACACUGGCCGCUGGCUACCAGUAUUCCUUCCCAGAACUAGGGGCUGCCUUGAAGGAAGUUGUAGCCUAAGUGGGAAGGCUCAGGACAGAGCACAAGUCCUCAGGAGAAGCUUUCUCGUUAGACUGUGAAGAGGCUCAGGUACUGCUGUACUUGAGUCCUGAAACCAUCUGGCAUCUUGGGAUUCCUCUCCCUGUCCUCUUGGUCCACCUUAUUUAGCUGAGAUUGUCCACUGUCUCAGUCCACAAUCUCAUUAAGUUAAGACCUUAACCAUUUCAACUCCUUGUGAAAAAAUUUCCGUAUUUGGGUUUCCUGUGUGUCCCUUCCCUGCCUCAUUUUUUUCUUCAUGUUGUGUAGAGAAUCGUCUACUGUUUAGCCAAUAAAAACAAGUGAUCUCACUAGCCUCGGCUCAUCUCUAAGGCCUAGAUCCUCCUACAAUUUAUUUCAAGGAAAAUCACACUCAAUGACUCUUUCCCUAUGGAGGCAUUGAAGUUACAAUGAGCAACACCUCCCUUCUUGGUCCCUCCAUUGCCAAGAGUUGGUAAGAAAUUUGGGGCAGAGUUAUCACGUGGUAGACAACAGAAGACAAGCAAUGACCCAUUUCCAAUGAUUCUGUGGUCACCCUGCAUACUUGCUCACACAGUGCCUUUAGGAUGUCAGCAGAGGAAGAGAUGAGACCCUGGUCUAGGCCUUCAGAUUGUCACUGAAUGGCAGUGAGUUAAUGAAGCAGUGACACACUGGUCCCAGUUGAAGCUGCAGCAGGACAAAGCCAACUUCCCCAUCUGUGAGACACACUUAGCUCUCAUCUGAUUGGGGCUACCUACUUCAAUCAACCAGGGUCCCCAGCAUAAAAGGGCAGAUGAUAGCCCUGGCCUACUGCAUACCUACCAUCCUUAAAAACAAAAGGAGCAAAGAACUUAUUAAAAACUACAGACUCAACCCUACUCGAGAAAAGUCUCAAGUACUCCUCCUCCUCUCCCUGUUUAUCCACCCUGAUAUCUGCCAUAACUUGGCCAAAAGUAGUUCCACUAGCCCCCAAUUCAGGCCACAUUAAACCAAUUUUUCUUCUGAGAGGAUUGUGGGUCAUCUGUCGGCCACUGUCACCUCCCUGACUAACCUGUCUCCAAAUCACCUGCCCGCAGAUCAGUAUGGUCUAGUGGUAUACACCAAGGAAGAGGGGAGCAUUCUGGGACUCAGGCCCCAUUGUCAUCCAUGGACUUACGCUAGUUGCUGGAGGGAGGAACUGAAGUGGCAGCAUUGAACUCCCUGUGCUGCUCAGAGGACAGAAGUCAGAGGCUAGAAGGGAUGGUCCCGGGUCUGGCUGCAGAGCCCCACAGCACAUCCCAGGGUCUCGCCUGACUGGUCUCCAACUGCUCAGGAAGCUGACUAGCUCUGUACUCUUCCUCUGUACAGCUCUCGCCUGAGGGAAUGACUGGCCUGAAAAAUAAUAGAAAAGCAAAUUCGGGAGCUGAACAAAAGGAGGGACUACUGACUAAUACUGUUCAUGGGUGAGAAAUGUCUGCUGGAGAUAACUUCCCUGGCACAGGAGGACUGCACAGAUACAGGAGUGACCGAAGGAAUCCAGGCAGAAUGUCCUGAUGUGACAGUAGUUGGUCUAGUGGCCAAUCACCUAACUUCCAACUCUGAUUCUUCGGUUUUCAUUUUCCAGAUAAUUGGUUCAUCUAGACACAAGCUCCAUAAACCCCUCCCAUCCCCAUACACACACACAAAGCAUAAAUGGGCCUCACUUUAUGCAACAUAUGUGAUUCUGUAGAGAAAAUGAUAUGGGCAGAGCACACUAACAUCAUCGUUGCAGAACAUGGCUUCAUCAGUUUGGGGAAUGCUCAACACUUCAGCAAGUGCAACUAAUCAGGGGCUUUCUGACACAUUCGUUUAUCUGUAAACACAUGUGAAUUCAACAGGAGAGCUGCCAUUUGUAGGAACCCUGAGAGUAUUUUGGUAAUGCAAACAGUCACCCCUAAUUAACAACUUUGAA